UGUGGAGAUGCCUUUCUGCCAGGUCAGACGGUAGCGAUUGACCACGAUCACAUCAGCGGAAAGAUCAGGGGACGGGCAUGUAUGGGCUGCAAUUUGAACUUCUGUCUGCCGAAACAUAUCGUUGUGGUGCUAAACGACCUCGCAGCUUACGACGGAAGGAUAAUCAUGAGCAGACCUCCAGACGUAAGAAGGCCAUGACUGCUUCUUGCACACGAAACGAAACUGGCCAACGGCACCCACCCCUGCGAAUCCCCGGCGCAUACCUCUUUGUAGGGACUUUAUUCAAGGGCCUGAACAACUUGCAGAAGAAAAUCUUCCUCCCAUUGAAAAAUUCUCAGACGUCACCGAGGGCACAGUCUUGUCUGCUGAUCAGUAUGAGGUCGUUGUCGGAGUCUGGGAAAACCUGGAGGAAAAGAGUGUGCGAGAGCUCCUGAAGAUGUGCACGAUAACGGACUGUCUUUUCACGAGUGACGUCAUCCAGAAAUUCAGGGAAACCGUCAGGAAAGAUCUGAAACUCGAUCCGCUUAGAUACUUCACACUGGCUAGUUUCUCCUGGGACUGUGCACUGCGUUACGCGGAGGUAAAACUAGAGCUGCAGACUUCAAUAGAGGCUCAUCUCAUGAUUGAAAAUGCUAUAAGGGGUGGAAUUGCGGUUAUUGGUAACCCGAGACACGCAAGGGCAAACAACCCAGAAAUGCCAGAUGGAACGUUUAACGAAGAAGAGGAAACUAGCUUCAUAGAUUUCCUUGACUUCAACGGUCUGUACACGUCAGUCAUGGCGACAGCACGUCUCCCAACACAUGGGUUCAGAUUUCUUUCUGACUUUGAGCAGGAGAGGUUCAACUUCGAAGAAGUACCGGAGGACAGUGACCAUGGCUACAUUCUAGAAGUGGAUCUGUCCUACCCAGUGGAAUUACAUGAAUAUCAUGACGACUUUCCCCUGGCACCCGAAAAAAUUAAAAUCUGUACUGAAGAUCUGUCGCCAUAUACUGUUCAGUCAGCGGCCGCUGCAGGAAUUAAUAUGGAUCGCCUUUCCACAGAAGAACGCCUGUGUUUGACCCUCAAAGACAAAAAGUCAUACACAGUGCAUUACUUGAACCUGCAGUUCUACACGAAGCAUGGACUUAAAGUUACAAAAGUACACAGGGUACUUUCAUUUGUCCAGGCUCCGUUUCUUGAGCGGUUCAUGAACUUCUGUGGAAACAAAAGAAAAGAAGCCAGGUCUCCGUUGUACAAGACCAUCUGGAAAAACAUAGCCAAUUUAGUGUGCGGAAAAAGCUAUGAAAAUCCACGAAAUUAUAAAGACAUCCGCAUUUGCAACAGCGAGCAUCAACUUCUGAAACUAGUUGCCAAGCCCACCUUCGACUGUCUCCGAGUGUUGGAUGACAAUUUAACAGCAGUGCAGAUGCAUAAACCGACUGUUGAAUUGAACAGACCAAUUGCUGUUGGAUUUACCAUCCUAGAACUGUCAAAGCGAACGGUUUAUGAAUUCUUUUAUGAUUUUGUGAAGACCACACUUGCGAAAAAAGGUUCAGUCUCUUUUCUGGCAGGUGACACAGAUAGUUUGGUCCUAAAAUUAUCUGGUGUCCCAGAUCUUAAGAACAGAUACAACGUGAAUAAUUCGCGAUUUGACUUGUCCAACUUUCCAGAUGGCCAUCCCCUCAAGGACGAUACUAACCGAAUGGUACCGGGAAAGGUGAAAUUCGAGAGACCCGGGGAAGUGGGAAUUGAAUUUGUGGCCCUUUCCCCUAAGUGUUAUUCACUAAAGACGGACAAAGGAUUUAAACAGGCUAGGAAGGGUUGUUCCAAGGAAAUGAGACACGAUCUGUAUAAGCAGUGCCUUAUGGAGAACAAAUGCCACAGUGAAAAUGUGACAGAAGUUAGAAACUUUAACCAGCGGUUGUACCAGGUGUCUUGUACUAAACGCGUUCUUAACAUUCUUGAUUUUAAAAGACAUCAUUUUGACCCAUUGACUUCGGUCAGCUUCGGACACUAUUCACUAGAACUGAGGCAACACGAACAGGACGAGUUUGAAACGGAUGUAUAAACAAACAAUCAGACGGAAUACAUAGAAUAACUCUCAAAAGCGAAAAUUCAAGGAUGAAUAUACGCUGUUUAUUAUUUAUUGUACAACACAUGUAUAUAUUAUUUAGGUGUAUUGAUUUGAAUUGAUUGGUCUAUUAUAUAUCAUAAUCUGUUCAGUAAUUCUAAAUGUUUAGCAGUUAAAAUAUAAAGGUGAUAAAACGUA